AUGGGUAAUUGCCAAGCGGCGGAGGCGGCGACGGUGCUGAUUCAGCACCCGGGAAGCAACAAGGUCGAGAGAAUUUACUGGUCUGUGAGCGCCCAUGAGGUCAUGACUUCCAACCCAGGCCACUACGUGGCUCUUCUCAUCGCCUCUCCCACCAUGAAGUCUGAGAAUGGGGCCCCUGUGAAGCAGCUCAAGCUUCUCAGACCAGACGACACUCUGCUUAUUGGACAGGUUUAUCGCCUCAUCAGUUUCGAAGAUGUGUUGAAGGAGUUUGCAGCUAAAAAAUCUGUGAAGCUGGGGAAAUUGCUGAAGGAUACAGGCGGGCCUGGCCUGGAAAUGAGGAUGAAAGACUUGGGUGGUCCGAAUCCAAAUCCAAAUUUGAAGUCCGAGAACCACAACUCCAUCAAGAUGGAGCGUGUGAGAAGAAAUGGUGGCAGCAGUAGCACAAGCAGCAGCUUCAGAAAUGUGGCAAGGAAUCAUGGAGGUGGAGGUGGAGGUGGUGGUGUUGGGGGCCAAUGGAGGCCAGCCUUGCAGAGCAUUGCAGAGAUUGGAACUUGA